AUGGCUUCUUUGAGUCUUGACGGAUCACCUACUCCUCGCAAGAAGGCACCUCUCAACUUCUUCCUCCACGACGAGGACGCAUUCGAAGACGAAAAUACUCACAUGUCUGGUGGUGCUGUAGGUUUUGACACUUCAACCAUGUACCAUCCAUUCAACUUAACCUUCCGCCAGCAGGGAGUCAAGCGCGACACCAACUCGGCCAUCUCGGACACUGUCCCUCUGACCACCUCUCGCUUCGUCAACCAGCUGCCUCCCCCUCCUCCCUCUACUCGCAACUCUUCCUACAAGGGUCAAACCAACAUGCCUAUCAUGUCGAUGCCUCCUCCCAGUAGCCUUGGCAUCUCUCAGCCCCCUCCUGCUCGCAACCUGCAUCUUGACGAACUGUUGGCCAAGCUCUCCGAGCAGCAGAUCCUUCUCAACAAGCAGAACACCGCCCUUUACGGUCAGCGUGGUGGUGAUUCUCCCGCCUCGUCCGGCUCUGGUGCUCUGACCAACCCUCAUGCCGCCACUCCUCGCACCGACUCUCAGAUCAACGACAUCUCGCAGGCUGACCUGGCUGAGAUGUUGCGUCUCAAGAAGGAGCUUGAGACAGCCCAGACUCAGAUUGCUCGCAUGGACCAAGAGUUGUCUCAGUCUCGUAUCACAAAGCACACACUGGAGCAGGCCAUGGGCUCCCAGUUCGACUCUGACUUUGACCACAUCCGCGACCUUCGCCCUCAGGGAGUUGCUGCCCGUGUUGACAACUGGGUUCAGUCAACUGAUGCAGUCCUCCCACCUAUCAACUCCAACCCCAACGUCAAUGCUAACCAGAUGGCACCUCCUGCUGCCCGCGGCAUCUGGGGCUCGGGUCCUGCUUUCGGCCCUGGUGGUCCUGGCGGUCCUGGUGUUAUCGGCCAAGCACCCAACAACACCGCCAACUGGCCUCUCGUUGAUCCUCGUGUUAUGUCUGGCGCUCGCCUUGAGGUCAACAAUGCCAACAUGUUCCCCGUCGGCCCUAACACUCGUGGUUGCCCACCUUCGCUCCGCAUUGACACAUCUGCAAUGGGAACUUACUUCAGUGAGCCUUCUUCCGCUGAUUUGUCGAUGCGCGGCGGUCAAAGCCGUCCUCACUCGGCUUUCGGCAGUCACCUUGCGCCUUGGGGUCAAUUCAGCCCCAACAUCAACGCCGCCGAUCAGACCGGCCUCACUCCUCCCUUGACACCUCUUUCUUUCCAGUCAAUGCAAAACAUGCACAACAUGUCCAACAUCCCCGGAAUGCCUCAACACAUGUCUGACCAGGCCAUGAUGAACAUGUCUUUCGGUCCCAGAUCCAACGGCACCAGAUUGUCCCCCACCGCCGCCGAGUUCCAGGCCAGCUACGGCGGUCCUGGAUGGAGCAACAACAACCAAUCUCUGUCUGAGCCCGGCAGCUACCUCACCAACGCUGAGCCCAUGAACUACCGCCGUCUCCUUGACCGCAACAUGAGCUGCAACUGGAAGUACAUCGUCGACAAGAUCGUCCAGAGCAACGACCAGCAGGCUUCCAUCUUCUUGCAGCAGAAGCUCAAGGUUGGCACUCAGGAGCAGAAGUAUGAGAUCGUCCAGGCCAUCAUCGAGCAGGCUUACCCUCUCAUGAUCAACCGCUUCGGCAACUUCUUGGUCCAGCGCUGCUUUGAGCACGGCAACCCUGAGCAGAUCAUCGCCAUCGCUCGUGCUAUCCGCGGCAACACCCUCAACCUGAGCAUGGAUCCCUUUGGCUGCCACGUUGUCCAGAAGGCUUUCGACAGCGUUCCUGAGGAGUACAAGGCCAUCAUGGUCCACGAGCUUCUCCGUCGCAUCCCCGAGACCGUCGUUCACCGCUACGCCUGCCACGUCUGGCAGAAGCUCUUUGAGCUCCGCUGGAGCGACACUCCUCCCCAGAUCAUGAAGUACGUCAAUGAGGCUCUCCGCGGCAUGUGGCACGAGGUUGCUCUCGGCGAGACUGGCAGUCUGGUCGUUCAGAACAUCUUCGAGAACUGCCUUGAGGAUGACAAGCGCCCUUGCAUCAAUGAAGUUCUCGCCAGCAUCGACGUUAUCGCUCACGGUCAGUUCGGCAACUGGUGCAUCCAGCACAUCUGCGAGCACGGCGCCACUCCCGACCGCAACCACGCCAUUGACCACGUUCUUCGCUUUGCCACCGAGUACAGCAUGGACCAGUUCGCCAGCAAGGUCGUCGAGAAGUGCCUCAAGAUUGGCGGCACCGACUUCCUUGACCGCUACCUUGACCGUGUCUGCGAGGCUCAUGCUGACCGCCCUCGCAUGCCUCUCAUCGACAUCGCUGGUGACCAGUUUGGUAACUACUUGAUCCAGUACAUCCUCACCCACGCCGACCCUCAGCGUCGUGAGGUUGUCGCUACUCACAUCCGCAAGCACAUGGUCUCUCUUCGCGGCUCCAAGUACGGCUCUCGCGUUGCCAUGCUGUGCUGCAACCCUGCCGUCGCCACUCGUCCUGGUCCCCCUACUGGCAUCCCCAUGGGCCGCAACAAUGGCAACUACGGCGAGCGCCCCUACGGCGGUGCCCGUAGUUUCCCUUACGGUGGAGCCUACCGCUAG